AUGGCCUUACUGGCCCAGGAACUACCUGGGGAUAAUAAAUAUGCUUCUUUCCCUUGUAAUUUGCCUUGGGUGGAAAGAUCACAAAUCGAUUUCUCGGCUGACCCUACCCAGCCUCUGGGAGUUAAAGAGAUUAUUUUCUUAGAUGAGAUAAAUUUGUUAUUUAAGGGCAAUGAAUUUCAGAAAGCCCGUGAACGAGAAAGAUUUAUGAGUCACUUUUACGCUCUUUCGCGACACCAAGAGUUGCGAGAGGUGGCAACCGCAAUAUGCCAAGUUAGUUUAUUACAAAAGUCCGACGAAGGAAUUUAUGUGCAGGUAGAAAUUUGGCAAGCGAAAUUUACGGUUUUUAUCCCAAAAUUGAUUUUAGAUACUUAUAAUUCGGCUUGGUUAAAUAGUCUAAAACAUAUACGGGCAGGGCAAGGUGAAAUUUAUAAUUACUUUCGCCAACAGCUUUAUCAGGAAAAGGAGUGGGAGAAUUUAAAAGAUUUAUCUUCUAGCCAACGGAAGGGUUUGGUUGAAGUUCUUUAUAAAUCUCGCAAACUUACCAAAGAUGAACAUCAGCGAAUAUUAAAGCAAGCUAACCAAGCCUAUCGGGAAGAAGUAACUGGCCAGUUGAGCCAAUUACGAUAUUAUAAAGAAAAAAUCGGAGCCCGCAGCCUUAAUAAAUAUUACCAUAACAAUCCUACUCCGCAUACUCGUAAAUAUUAUUUUAAGGCUUUACAAAAAUUAUUAAGAACCACUACCCAGCGAGGAGAAAGAGUACCGGAUGAAGAAGUCGAGUUAGAUCGGUAUGGAAAUCCGAAAGUUAAGGCCGGGCAGGUAAUAGUAUUGGAUAGCGAUAAACCGGGGCGGAGGUGGAGUGUUUAUAAAAAGGUGCCUAGUUUACAGGAGAUAGUGAAAAAAGAAGUGCAUGAUGAGGCCCAAGAGCAAUAUAUCCUCACCGAAGGAACUUCCUUAGAAAUCCAAACCUGA